AUGUGCUGCAACUGCUACGGCAGCUCCUACGGGGGCUGUGGCUAUGGCUCUGGCUAUGGCUCUGGCUAUGGCUGUGGAUAUGGAUCCAGAUAUGGCUGUGGCUACGGCUCUGGCUACGGCUCUGGCUGUGGCUACGGCUGUGGAUAUGGCUCUGGCUAUGGCUGUGGAUAUGGAUCCAGAUAUGGCUGUGGAUACGGCUCUGGCUAUGGCUCUGGCUGUGGCUAUGGCUGUGGAUAUGGAUCUAGAUACAGCUGUGGCUAUGGCUGUGGCUAUGGAUAUGGCUAUGGCUCUGGCUCUGGCUAUGGCUGUGGUUACGGCUCUGGCUGCUGCUACCGACGAUGCUACUCUUGCUGCUAG